AUGGAUCCAAACCAACUCAAAUCUUUCUUCAAUUACUUACAAAACUUUUCUCAAAUUCCAAAUACCCAACAAUCUCAAACCUCAAACUCUCAAGUUUCAAAUCAAAACUUCACACUACCAAAUUCAUUUCAAAAUCCAAAUCCACAAAAUCUUUCUAAUUUCAAUUUUCAAGCUCCUUAUAAUAAUCAGUUUCCUAUAUUCCAACCGCAAAAUCAAAAUUCACAAACACCCCAUUUUUCAUUUUCGUCCAUAUUUAACCCCUCUAUCGGAAAUGUUACUCCAACUUUCUUGCCGUUUCCAACUCAAUUCAGUGCAUCAAGACAUAACUCAUCUGGUGUUGGUGGCUCUUCUAAUCCAUCCUCUCAGACUCCUAUACAAUCUAGUCCAAAUUUUCAAUAUUCAGAUUUUGCCAACCCUCGUGGAUUAGAUGCUAUCGACCUUAAUGAUGAUGAUAUUGAAGAUCGGAGGCAAGAUAAUUCAGAAGAAGAAGAUAUCGAUAGAAGCUCUAUCCCAAUUACUCGUAGAUGGAUCAAUAGAGAUCGAGAAGCAGGACAUGAUCGCCUUUUUCAAGAUUACUUUGCAGAUAAACCGGUAUAUAAUGCUGACAUUUUUCGAAGGAGAUUUCGAAUGAGAAGACAUGUGUUCCUUCGGAUAGUAGAUGCUCUCUCAAACGUCUAUCCGUAUUUCCAACAGAGGGUUGAUGCAACUGGAAGAAAAGGCUUGUCAUCAGUCCAGAAAUGUACCGCUGCGAUACGCAUGUUAGCAUAUGGCGUAGGAGCUAAUGCUGUUGAUGAUUAUGUGCGCAUAGGUGAGAGCACUACAAUUGAAUGCUUGGAAAAAUUUGUUGAAGGUGUCAUUUUGGUGUUCGAGGAUGAAUACUUGCAAAAAUCCAAACCAAAUGACGUACAACGCCUGCUACAAAUGGCGGAGGGUCGUGGCUUCCCUGACAUGUUGGGUAGCAUUGACUGCAUGCAUUGACAAUAGAAAAAUUGUCCAAAGGCGUGGAAAGUUUCUGGUUCAAAUAACGAUAUCAACGUGUUAGAUCGCUCUCUAGUGUUCGAUGAUAUUCUAAACCACCGUGCUCCGGAGGUAAAUUACACUAUUAAUAGUAAUAAUUAUACUAUGAGAUACUAUUUAGCAGAUGGUAUUUAUCCUAAAUGGGCCACAUUUGUCAAAUCAAUCUCAAAGCCACAAGAAAAAAAACGUAAGUUAUUUGCACAAUACCAAGAAGGGCAAAGAAAAGAUGUAGAGCGAACAUUCGGAGUGUUGCAAGCACGCUUUGCAAUUAUAUGUGGUCCAAUGCGCUUUUGGAAAAAGAAGAAACUUGCAAACAUAAUGAGAGCUUGUAUUAUAUUGCAUAAUAUGAUUGUUGAGGAUGAAAAAGACACUUAUGCAAAAAGUUUUGCUCAAAACUUAGAGUAUGACGAUGUCGAAAGCAGCUUAUCACAACCUCAGUUGGGAGAAGAAGAUUUUGCAUCAUACCAUCAAUUUCUUCAAAGAAAUGCCCAACUUUGA